AUGCUCAACAUGAAGCUCAAGGAACGCUUGGCGCUCGCCAUCAGCGCCUUCCUCAUCCUCUUCACGCUCAUGAUCGUAGUCGACCUGCAGAUGGACUAUGGCAUCUCCGGACACAGGAUACCCCUCCACGGACGGGUCAAGAUCGGGGAUGAUGAGGAUAAAGGACGAUCGGCGUACAUCGAAUUUCGGAAACGAUUCCUCCAGAAAAGUAAUGGCAGCAACGGUUCCCGAGAAUACGAGCAGUCGGCGCCGUCGGAAACCAGCGGUGUUGGUAUCGACGUAGAGCCGAAGACACCGGCGCCCCCUACCGACCGGUACGAAGACCUACAACAAAUUAUCUUCGCGCAACUACAAGGCACGGCAGAAGACAACCCAGUCGUCAUCCCACCCCAUAGAGAUCUUAACAUAUUAAGGCCAGAGAACCCUACUAUAGGAGAAAUGGAAGACUUAGAACCAAGCGUUAAUGCAUCGAACUUGGAAAAGUUCCAACUGAAGAUAGCUCAACACGAACUGUACGAAGAUGGUGAACCACUAGUUGAUGCAGUGCUGAAGGAUAUGGCUACACUGCCUGUGCUCCAUGCAGAGCAAAAAGAGGGUGGGACCCAGUUGAAACUUAUCAUCGAUUACCCAAAUGGAGUGCAAGCUUUGUUCAAGCCAAUGAGGUUUAGUCGAGAAACUCAAACAUUGCCAAAUCAUUUCUACUUCUCCGAUUAUGAACGUCAUAAUGCUGAAAUAGCAGCAUUUCAUUUGGACAGGAUACUGGGUUUCCGUCGCGCCAUGCCGGUCGUGGGCCGCGUCCUUAAUAUGACGACAGAGAUCUACGACGUUACCGAGGGAGACAUCCUGAAGACCUUCUUCGUAUCGCCGGCGAACAACUUCUGCUUCCACGGAAAGUGUUCGUAUUACUGCGACACCGGUCACGCUAUCUGCGGCAACCCUGACAUGCUGGAAGGAAGUUUUGCUGCGUUCCUGCCUUCGUCUGAUAUAGCCGAGCGGAAGGUGUGGCGACAUCCUUGGAGAAGAUCGUACCACAAACGUCGAAAAGCACAAUGGGAGAUACAGUCCGAUUAUUGUGAUACGGUGCGGACCACCCCGCCGUACGACUCCGGGCGGCGUCUCCUGGACCUCAUGGACAUGUCCAUAUUCGACUUCCUCACAGGAAACAUGGACAGACACCAUUACGAGACCAUCAAAAUGUUCGGCAACGACACCUUCACCCUGCACUUGGACCAAGGCCGUGCGUUUGGCAAAGCCUUCCACGAUGAGCUGAGCAUCCUAGCGCCGUUGUUACAGUGCUGCCUCGUCAGGCACACCACGCUCGCUACACUGCUCAAAUUUCAUAAUGGUGUUCCAUUAUCAAAAACCUUACGCGAAACUAUGAAAGCUGAUCCCGUCUCUCCAAUUCUUUGGGAACCACAUCUGGCAGCCAUUGACAGGCGAAUUGUGACCGUUCUUGACGCUGUAAGGAAAUGCAUUGAAAAAGCAAACAAUCCACUACAAAACGAAGUGAAUGAUUUCGUAUGACGGUUCGGGCGGAUAUGUGAUGAGACUUAUAGAAAAAGGUACAAGAGCUGGUGAUUUAAAUGUGAUACGUGAUUGUACGGAAGACAUAGACGACGGUGCAAUUAGUGAAUUUUUGACUUGCUAGUCGAACUCUCUCAUAAUCCGUGACUUAAGAUAUAUGUAUGUAGUUUAAGGGAAUAUAAUCAAUGCAAAAUCCUGUCUUUGGUUCCGUUCAAGACUAUUAGACGUAAGGUUUUCGUGCCAAAGAAUGUCCAAAUGAACGUGGGGUACACUUCAUAUAUAGAAGCAUUCCAACUCUAUAAUAUAUGCCAAAUAUCAUAGUAACUAACGCGAAUCGCUUUAUUAAAUUGAAAUCAGUUUAUUUGGAAACAUAAAUUGUAACAGUAUUGAUGAAUUGAAUAUUUUUGUAGAUGUAUGUACUGUCUGUAUAUUUUGAAUAAUUUAAACAUUUUGUUGAAAUAGUGUUUGUAUCUGAUGAGACUUAUAUCGUUAAAGAAAGUGCAAUGAUACUGUACAUAUUAAUUGCAGUUUGCUUUAGUUUUAAGUGUAAGAUUAAAUAUAAGCUUAUCUUUUGUAUUUACUAUCUUUGUUGUGAAAUUCGUUACCAUGGCUAAGAGCUCAAGAAAAAACAUAUCAUAAAAAAGCUCUGCAUUGUGUGAUAAUUUUUUGACAUCGUGUACCCAUUUAAUAUUUAAGUUUACUGGGAUUUUGAGGCUAGCAUUUGUAAUGCAAUUCUCUUGCUUAGCAUUUUUAGUAUAACUACUUAAUAUAAGCUAACAUAAUUUGACGAUACGAUUAGCAACAUUACUGCAAAUUGUUGAUCUUAGUAAGUUUGAAUUUCAGUCUUCACUUGUCAUUUAACUACUGUUUUUGUAAUGUUUAAGUGAACAGUCACUUUCAUGAAAUUAUGAAAUGGAUUUUGGCUUGGUGGCUUUACUUGUGGCUUCGCUUUUAACUUGAUUAAAUGUCUUAGUUAUUUUGAAUCUAAUAAUCAUAAAGCUGGCAGUCUCUUAGUUAACUUAUAUUUAUUUUAGAUUAAUGUUUUUGACGUUAAGGUUUCAUUUAAAUGAGCGAAAAUAAAAUCAUUUGAUUAAUGUUUUAGGAAUAAGUGAAUAUUGAAAAGCCUUUACAGAUUCGGCAUUAAAUUAUGAUCUUUUAGUAUAGCUGCUAACUAUGGGAUCUAAAACUUUACAACUAGAGUCGACUUGCCAAAGACGUACCUACCUAAAAAUAAUAUAAUGUAUAAAAGUUGUAUAGAGAGUGUGUGAUAGUUUGCGUGUUUCUGUUGAUUGUUUAUAAAAUUAAAAAGUUAAUAAUAAUUAUA